GGUCACACACCAGACAUCCAAUCCAAGCAAGAUCGGUGGCCAUUCGUUCGUCAGCUACCUCCUCGAAACACCAUGCCCUCGUCUCUAUCCCGCAGCGGCCGUCUCCUGGUCCUCCUCGCAGCGGCGGUGGUGAGCCUCACCGUUGCCACCUCCACGGACGCAACGAGCCACUUAACGUGGCUCGACUGCCCCUCGCCGGCGCCGGUGCCUUCUCCGUUGCCGCCACCGCCGCCGCCCUCCACCAUCAACAGUACCUUCCACUCCAACGUGCUCGCGCUACUGCACGCCCUGCCGUCCGCCGCUCCCAGAGGGUUCGCAUCCCUGUCCCACGGCGAGGGAACCGACCGCGGCUUCGUCCGGGGCCGCUGCCGUGGUGACUCCGCGCCGGAUGUCUGCGCCCGGUGCCUUCGGAGGGCCGUGCUCCGCAUCGACGGACGCUGCAGCAGUAACCGCCACCGCCGCGCGGCGAUCUCGUACGGCAAGUGCAUCCUCAGCUACGCCGACACCGACACGUCCACCACCUACGAGGAAGGCUUCCGGCAGGGGGUUUACAACCGCCGGGACGUCCAGGACGUCUCCGAUAACGCCUUCGAUAGGAAUAAGGCGUACUUAGAUCUCAUGAUCCACAUCUCCGAUAUCGCCGCCAGCGUCGUCUGGUCGGAGUUCGCGUCGGCAGUGCCGAUGUUUGCGACGGGGGAGGCGGUUUACGACCGUGGAGCACCCAACGGCACCAUGUACGGGAUGGUCCAGUGCAUGAGGGACCGGACGGAAUCGGAGUGCGCCCUGUGCUUGUGGAAGUCGAUGGUGCAGCUAGAGCUAGGGACAUGCUGCGCUUGGCACCGGGGAGGGGAGAUGCAUGCUCGGCUACAACUGCUAUCUGCGCCUGGAGUUUUACGCCUUCUAUAAUCUCUCGCUCAGUGCGGUGCCCGCUACGCCACCUCUUGCACCAUCUCCGUCGAGCUUCAUGCCUACCGUCGGAGAAAGAAACAGAAAUGGAGGUUCUGUAGGAGUUAUAGCAGGAGUUGGUGGUGGUGUUGCUGCACUCCUCCUGGGUGUGGUUUUAUAUAUCAUGUUCUAUAGGCGAAGAAAGGCGAAAAAGGCUGCCGUGCUUCCAUUUUCUGAAGAUUCUACCCUACAUGCUACUACAUCAUCCGUGGAUAAAAUUGCAUUGUCAAGCAGUCAAGCUGACAGCCCCUCAGCUGUUCCAGGGAUUACUGUUGACAAAUCAGUUGAGUUCUCAUAUGAAGAACUUUUUAAUGCGACAGAGGGAUUUAGCAUUAGUAAUGAAAUCGGGAAAGGUGGUUUUGGUGUUGUCUAUUAUGCUGAGAUCAGAGGCGAGAAAGCUGCCAUAAAGAAAAUGAAUGUGCAGGCUACCCAUGAGUUCCUUGCUGAGUUAAAGGUUUUGACACAUGUUUAUCAUCUGAAUCUGGUGCGCUUAAUUGGUUAUUGCAUUGAGAGGUCUCUGUUCAUUAUUUACGAGUAUAUCGAGAAUGGAAACUUACGGCAGCACUUGUGUGGAACUGGUUAUGAGCCCCUGUCUUGGGCUGCCAGGGUUCAAAUUGCGCUAGAUUCUGCAAGAGGUCUGGAGUACAUUCACGAGCAUACUGUUCCAGUGUACAUACAUCGGGAUAUCAAAUCAGCAAACAUCUUGAUAGACAAGAACAACCGGGCAAAGGUUGCAGAUUUUGGUCUCACAAAACUUAUAGAAGCUGGUAAUUCAUCACUGCCCACGCGUGGAAUUGUUGGUACAUUUGGUUACAUGCCUCCAGAAUAUGCUCAAUAUGGUGAUGUUUCUCGAAAGGUUGAUGUCUUUGCCUUUGGAGUAGUUCUUUAUGAACUUAUUUCAGCCAAAGAAGCUAUCGUGAGAUCAACUGAGUCUGGUAGCUCAAUGGGAUUGGUUUAUCUGUUUCAGGAGGCUCUCAAUGCACAGGAUCCAAAAGAAGGCCUUCGGAGGCUGAUUGAUCCGGCCCUAGGAGAGCAUUACCCCAUGGAUUCCAUCCUCAAGAUGACGGUCCUCGCGAGGGCGUGCACGCAGGAAGACCCUGAGUCUAGACCCACUAUGAGAUCAGUGGUGGUGGCGUUGAUGAUGACGCUGUCAUUCAUGGAUGAGGGAGUUACGGAACGAGAACUUUGAUCCAAGAGAGAACCAAGGCCUGGUGAACCUCACAUCAAGGAGGUGACUCAUGUCAAUAUUGUAGCCUGCCUGCAUGUCUGAUGCAAUUGUCCAUUGGGGCCCAUUUGUGCCGUCUGAUGCCGCUCAGCAAGAAGAACAUAUUUACAUGUAAUUUCUUCUGUCAGUAUAGGAUCAUGUCUUGUGUUUGUUUCUUCGUUUUUGCUCUUGGAGAGCUGUAUGUGAGUUACUCGAGUGUAGAACACCUGAGUUACCUGUAAGAUUCUGAUUUUUUGACGGGAAUGCAAAUAAACGAUCGUCUGUGGAUA